CAGGAUCCAGGCUAAAAGUCCACUGAUCAUUAGCCUCUCCGGGAGGAAGACGACCUGCUCCCAACAUGGACAAGGGAAAGGAACUCACAGGGACAUUAGCUCUGGCUGUGUUUACUGCAGUACUGGGCUCACUGCAGUACGGAUACAGCCUGGGAGUCAUCAACGCUCCGCAGAAGGUGAUCGAGCGGCAUUAUGGGAGGUCGUUGGGGGUGUGGUCAGAGGCGGUCCAAGUGUCAGAGAACCAGACUGAGGGCGAGGGGCUGAUCCUGGAGCCGGGACAGCACCCUGCGGUCACUAUGUACUGGUCCCUGUCUGUGUCCAUCUUCUCCAUCGGGGGCAUGCUCACCUCUUUCCUCGUCGGCUUCGUGGGAGACCUGAAAGGAAGAGUGAAGGGCAUGCUGAUGGUGAACGUUCUGGCCGUCGCUGCUGGUCUCCUGAUGGGCCUGUGCCAAAUGUGGAGGCCUCACAUCAUGGUCAUCGCGGGACGAGCUGUGAUGGGCUUUUACUGUGGUCUCACCUCUGGUCUCGUGCCCAUGUACGUUGGAGAGAUUGCGCCCAAGAGUUACAGAGGAGCACUGGGGACGUUACACCAACUGGCCAUUGUCAUCGGCAUCUUACUCAGUCAGGUGAUAGGUCUGGACUUUGUGCUUGGUAACGAUGCCUUUUGGCCCAUCCUGUUGGGACUGUCGGGGGCUCCGGCCGUGUUACAGUCCCUCCUGCUGCCGCUCUGUCCCGAAAGCCCCCGAUACCUCUACAUCGUACUGGGCAAGGAGCAGGAAGCGCGCAAAAGUUUAUAUCGACUAAAGGGGCCGUAUGAUGCAACUACUGACUUGGAAGAAAUGAGGAGAGAGAAGGAGGAGGCUGAUAAGGAGCCGAGGGUUUCCAUCUGGUCUUUGAUCCGUUCUCCAGUUUACAGAGAUCAGCUGUUUGUCGCCUUGAUGAUGCAUAUCUCCCAGCAGCUCUCCGGGAUCAAUGCUAUCUUUUAUUACUCAACAUCCAUCUUCGAACAAGCGGGUAUUGCUCAGCCCGUCUAUGCCACUAUUGGAGUUGGAGUCAUCAACACAGUUUUCACUCUGGUGUCUGUGGCGCUGGUGGACCGAGCUGGGAGGCGCACUCUGACUUUAGCAGGUUUGGGAGGGAUGUGUUUUUGUGCCAUUGCGAUGACGGUGGGACUCAAAUUUCAGAAUGACUACGCCUGGAUGAGCACCGUGAGCAUGGUGGCGAUUUUCCUCUUCGUUUCGUUCUUCGAGAUCGGCCCCGGUCCCAUCCCCUGGUUCAUCGUGGCCGAGCUAUUCAGCCAGGGCCCCAGACCGGCCGCCAUGGCUCUGGCCGGCUGCUGCAACUGGACCAGCAACUUCAUCAUAGGCAUGACCUUUCAGUACAUACAGGGUUGGUUGGACAGCUACGUCUUCAUCCUUUUUGCUGCUCUUCUGUUGUGUUUCACCAUCUUCACUUAUUUUCGAGUCCCGGAGACAAAAGGAAAAACAUUUGAGGAGAUUUCUGCAGUUUUUCAAAAGGGACGAAAAAAGAACGUUACAGACACUGAACUGCAGCAACUUAAAACCUCCACAGACGCGUGAGUCCUGCAGGCGCCUGUGUUCAUACGGCCUGGUUAGCCACACAACUAUUAAAAGAUGUUUUCCACAGAGCGAGUCAGUCUGGAGCUCUUUGGUUUGAACGUAAUAUCAAAGCUGGACUCAAAUUAGUGACCUGUGUGACCUUUUUCGUUUUAUUGAGCUAGCUAGGCUCUGUGCACAAUAGCGCCCUCAACCACACUGUUAGCAUCACUACUUCCUGUCCAAUUCACAUCCAAGAGUCACGCUAAAAUUAAUAAAUAUUUAAAGAUCAGACAUUGGACAGGGAGCUGUGUAUGGAUGUCACUGAAAACUUGCUAAAAACUACACAAAUAAAAUGAAUACUCCACCGGAGGACUCUUCUGUGUUUAGAAAGAGACAUGUUUGUGUCUCAGUGCUAAUGCUAAAGCUAAUUUUUAAAGUAUAAUAAAUAUUAAAACAAAACCACAAAUUGAAAUAUUCUACAUAUAAAAAUAACUGUAGUCUUUGUUUUAAUUCAUUUGUAUGUUAAUAGGUUGUUUAUUUUAUGUUUUAUGUUUUUUAUAAAAGUGACUAUAAGCUAUGAGACACAGCGAGCUAGCUAACAUGUUUAGGGCUGGUAAUUGAUCAGCGUAUUAUAAAAUGUCUGACUAGCUUAAAGGGGCUGUUUUUCCCCAGUGCAGGGAAAAUUAAACUGCUGUGUACCGUCUCCAGUCCGUCUACAGUCUGCAUGUACCAUCUGCAUCUACGUCUGCGUUCACCGUCUGCAUCUACUGUCUGCGUCUGCAUCUACUGUCUGCAUCUACUGUCUGCGUCUACUGUCUGCGUCUACCAUCUGCGUCUGCAUCUACUGUCAGCAUCUACCGUCUGCGUCUACCAUCUGCAUCUACUGUCUGCGUCUACUGUCUGCGUCUGCAUCUACUGUCAGCGUCUACUGUCUGCGUCUACUGUCUGCGUCUGCAUCUACUGUCUGCGUCUACUGUCUGCGUCUGCAUCUACUGUCUGCGUCUACCGUCUGCGUCUACUGUUUGUCUCUACUGUUUGUGUCUACCGUCUGCGUCUACUGUCUGCGUCUGCAUCUACUGUCUGCGUCUACUGUCUGCGUCUACCAUCUGCGUCUGCAUCUACUGUCAGCAUCUACCGUCUGCGUCUACCAUCUGCAUCUACUGUCUGCGUCUACUGUCUGCGUCUGCAUCUACUGUCAGCGUCUACUGUCUGCGUCUACUGUCUGCGUCUGCAUCUACUGUCUGCGUCUACUGUCUGCAUCUGCAUCUACUGUCUGCGUCUACCGUCUGCGUCUACUGUCUACGUCUACUGUCUGUCUCUACUCUUUGCGUCUACCGUCUGCGUCUACCAUCUGCGUCUGCAUCUACUGUCAGCAUCUACCGUCUGCGUCUACCAUCUGCAUCUGCAUCUACUGUCUGCGUCUACUGUCUGCGUCUGCAUCUACUGUCAGCAUCUACUGUCUGCAUCUACUGUCAGCGUCUACUGUCUGCGUCUACUGUCUGCGUCUGCAUCUACUGUCUGCGUCUACUGUCUGCAUCUGCAUCUACUGUCUGCGUCUACCGUCUGCGUCUACUGUCUACGUCUACUGUCUGUCUCUACUCUUUGCGUCUACCGUCUGCGUCUACCAUCUGCGUCUACUGUUUGUCUCUACUGUUUGCGUCUACCGUCUGCGUCUACUGUCUGCGUCUGCAUCUACUGUCUGCGUCUACUGUCUGCGUCUACCAUCUGCGUCUGCAUCUACUGUCAGCAUCUACCGUCUGCGUCUACCAUCUGCAUCUGCAUCUACUGUCUGCGUCUACUGUCUGCGUCUGCAUCUACUGUCAGCGUCUACUGUCUGCGUCUACUGUCUGCGUCUGCAUCUACUGUCUGCGUCUACUGUCUGCAUCUGCAUCUACUGUCUGCGUCUACCGUCUGCGUCUACUGUCUACGUCUACUGUCUGUCUCUACUCUUUGCGUCUACCGUCUGCGUCUACCAUCUGCGUCUACUGUUUGUCUCUACUGUUUGCGUCUACCGUCUGCGUCUACUGUCUGCGUCUGCAUCUACUGUCUGCGUCUACUGUCUGCGUCUACCGUCUGCGUCUACUGUCUACUGUCUGUGUCUACUGUUUGCGUCUACCGUCUGCGUCUACCAUCUGCGUCUGCCAUCUGCGUCUACCGUCUGUGUCUAAUGUCUGCAUCUACAUCUACUGUCUGCAUGUACUGUCAGCGUUUUAUCAUCUGCAAACCAGGAAGUGUGCUGUUGGAAUGCUAGGUGUUGUUAGCAUAACAG